CGCCCUUUCCGCCCCUCCCUCCCCCUCCGCCCUGUCUCUCGGCGGCAGCGGCGGCGGCGGCGGCUCGCGCAGCUCGUUGGCUCACUAUAUAAAGGGGAGAAGCGGGCGGACCGGACGGCUGGAGCUGCAGCCGGUGGCGGCAGCGGCGGCGCGGGGAGCGGCGACCGGUGGUGGUUUCCCUCCUUGGCGCGGGGUGGGGAGCGGGCAACGCCCCCUGGACCCCAAAAGGGUCGUGGCUUUUUUUUUUAAAGGGCGAUUCUCGAGGUUUUUAGCUCUGGGAGAACUGCCCCCCUCCUCCUCCUCCUCUCACCGCUCCCCUCUACUCUUUCAGGAUUCGAUUUUGUUUGAAAUUUUUACCCCCAAUCUUGCGGUGGCUUGGGCCACCCUCCGGGUGUUUUGGUUUUCUUUUUUCUUUUUUGGUUUUGUUUUUAUCUUGUUUUCUCGGGCUUGCCCCCCUCUUGUUUGUGUUGUGUGUGGAAAUGGCGAACUCGGCAAAUACAAACACCGUGCCUAAAUUGUACAGAUCUGUGAUUGAAGAUGUUAUUAAUGAUGUAAGAGACAUCUUUUUGGAUGAUGGAGUUGAUGAACAAGUUCUGAUGGAACUAAAAACCUUGUGGGAAAAUAAACUAAUGCAGUCUAGGGCAGUAGAUGGAUUUCAUUCAGAAGAGCAGCAGCUUUUAUUGCAAGUUCAGCAGCAACAUCAACCCCAGCAGCAGCAACAUCACCACCACCACCACCAUCAGCAAACUCAGCCACAGCAGACAGUACCUCAGCAAGCACAGACCCAACAGGUCCUUAUUCCUGCAUCACAGCAAGCUGCUGCACCACAAGUUAUAGUUCCUGAUUCUAAGCUGAUACAACAUAUGAAUGCAUCAAACAUGAGUGCUGCUGCUACAGCUGCUACCUUGGCACUCCCUGCGGGUGUGACUCCUGUUCAGCAGAUACUAACAAAUUCAGGCCAGCUUCUUCAAGUAGUAAGAGCAGCCAAUGGUGCCCAGUAUAUCUUUCAGCCUCAGCAGUCAGUGGUUCUCCAACAACAAGUUAUACCACAAAUGCAGCCUGGUGGAGUACAAGCUCCUGUUAUACAACAGGUACUGGCCCCUCUUCCUGGAGGGAUUUCACCACAGACGGGUGUCAUCAUUCAGCCACAACAAAUCUUAUUUACAGGAAAUAAGACUCAAGUUAUACCUACAACGGUGGCUGCACCUACACCGGCACAAGCACAGAUAACUGCAACUGGCCAACAGCAACCACAGGCCCAGCCUGCUCAAGCACAAGCCCCGUUGGUGUUACAGGUUGAUGGCACUGGGGAUACAUCAUCUGAAGAAGAUGAAGAUGAAGAAGAAGACUAUGAUGAUGAUGAGGAGGAAGACAAAGAGAAAGAUGGAGCUGAGGAUGGGCAGGUAGAAGAAGAGCCCCUCAACAGUGAAGAUGAUGUGAGUGAUGAGGAAGGACAGGAACUCUUUGAUACAGAAAAUGUUGUUGUAUGCCAAUAUGAUAAGAUACACAGAAGUAAAAACAAGUGGAAAUUUCAUCUUAAGGAUGGCAUUAUGAAUCUUAAUGGAAGAGAUUAUAUAUUUUCCAAAGCCAUUGGAGAUGCAGAAUGGUGAAGAGUUGGUUCUUUUCUUUUAUAAAUAAAACAAACUUAAAAAAAUUUAAAGUGGACAGUUUGAAACUUGGGACAUACACCAACCAAAACUUAACUUCUGCAUGUCAGAAAAGUGCAGUAGAAUCAAAGCUACUGGAACAAAGAGACCUUGACAACAUAGACACUACUAACUGGCAAGCCAUGGAACUGUAGCACCUGGGGUUGUUGGGGUGGGGGAGGUUGGGGUUUUGGAAAACCAUAAUUGUUGAUUUUAAAUACAGGUACCUGCCACCAGUAAUUAGCAUGUAAAGCUUUGUCUAUAGUCCUUCCUUCAACUUGGGUUCAAUCAGAAGAUACUUGUUGGAACGAACUGAAGAGAAUUCCCUUUUGAUAGAUUGAACUGAAACUGCUUAUUGUAUGUGGUUAUAUUUGGUAAAAAUUGCGUGUGAGCUUUUUACAAAAGGGUAAGAAUUAUGGUGUUAAAUUUUAAUUCACUUGUAUAAGGAAAUAAUUUAGCACUCUCAUUAUAGGUCUUAAAUAUUUUUACUAGCUAUUCUCCCUCAGUAAUAUAUAACUCUUCUUCCCUGCUUUAUGAAACAUCUCUUUAAGAGUUAAAGGAAGUAAUCAGUAAUCACAGUUUGGAGACAAAAUUUGACCCAGGAAUGGUUAUUUAUUUUAAUUAGGUUUUCAUACUCCUUAAAUAUAACUUUUAAAGACUUGGGCCUCAUUGAGUUGGACAGAAUUAAAAUGACAACUUUGGUUUCCUUACCGAAAAAUGCUUGUUUCUUUUAGUCAUCCCAUACCUUAUGAAGAAACCCCAGGGUGGCUCCUCAGGAAUACAGUUUUAUUUCAGAGAGGUACCAUCUAGCUGAAAUUACAUACAUAAGAAUAGAUAACAGAUUUUUUCCUGUUGGGCUGAAGUAUAUGCUUAUAUAUGUGUUUAAUCUUUAAGCUAAACAGACAUUCAGAUAACAUUCUGUGCAUUGACUGAAGCAGUGGGUAGUGAGGACCUGGAUUUUUUUUAAAACAGUUUAGUAAUUAUAAAAGUUUCUUGUGUUUACUAGUGAAGAAUUUAAAAACUAUUCUAAUUGAACAAAUUUUUUUAAUUGCAACUUUGUAAUUUGAGGGAGAAAUUUUGGGGCUAAAGGGGGGUUGGGCCACUAAGUACCUAUUUACCUCUCUUUCAUUUGGUGGCCCUUCCAGGCCGUUGGUAAUGUAGGCAUGGGCUCCAGUUUGCACAUCGAGAAGAAAGCAUAGAAAUUUGACUUGUAUAUUAAGAAUAAUAGAAAUGUAAUACGUAUAUUAAGAAUGCACAGCUCUGUAUUCUGUAAGAGCCUCUAAAGAACAAUAUGGCAGUGCUGUGUUCUGUGUGAACUAGUUGCCUGGGAGAACUGUAGGAACACUUCAUCUGUGUUUUCUUAUAACUAAUUUUUCAUGGUCUAUCUUGACAAAAUUAACGUGUGUUUAAGAUACUUGUACAUUGCUUUUUUUUUUUUUUAAGUCUUCCAUUUUCGUCUUCCUUUUAUUUGCCUUUGUGUGUUUCCAGAAAUAACAGAAACGCUUUACAUUGCAAAGAAAAACUGUGAGCUGUUAUAUGUUUUUUUUUUUAAACACAAAUCUUUAAACUUCUUAAAAAGGCUAAUCAUUUUUUUUUUUUUUUUUCCUACUUCCCACCCCAUGUAGCAACUUGGUCCCUUUAACUUAUGUUCUGAACUUUGGUGUAAAUGAUGGUUUCUAGCAUGCUAGUAGUUAGGUUUUAUUUAGAUACCAUUAACUGGUGUAAUACGGUUUUAAUUUUUACUGUAUUAAUUUAGUUUUUUUGGAGGGGAGGUUUGUUUAUUUACCCCACUACUCUCAAAGCACACACAGGUUUUUUUUGUUUGUUUGCUUUUGUUAAUGAAUCUGGGAGAAGAGAAGGGAGGGGGUGAAAUCACAGAAGUCCUGUUUUUCAGUUGUCCUUCAGUUAGUUGCUAAUAGGUUUAUAGUUACCCAGUGAAGAAGUCAACCACCUGAACUACCUAUAAAAGUUUAGCAGUGCUGCAAUGUUGAUUGAAACCCUUUGGCUAUAUUGUAGUUCUUCUGCUACUGAACCUUGAAUUACUAAAUGAUAUACAGCUCAUGUUUUGGGCCUUCUAUGUAGACAUAACAUUUGUAUUCAUAGUAGAAUUGUAUACAGGCCUGUUUUUAUAACAUUUUCCAACAUGAACAACCACUGCUUUCAGAGUGACUCACUAGGGUUAUUUGGAAGCAGGAAAUAACCGUUUGUAUUUGCACCUCUGUAUUGCAUAUUAAUUAUGGCAUACUUGGCAAAUGCUUUUCUUUUACCUGUGAAAAUUCUGAAAGCCGGUCCAAACAACACUGCAUACCAAACUGUGCUCUUAUAUAUUACUGCAUCGUGUUCCUUUUUAAUCAGAUAGAAUGUUUUGGUUUUAUUAUAGUGGCUUGCUAUAAGAAUGCCACUUUCUUAUCUUUUACUGUACUUGAAUUCUUAAUCAUGCUUUUACAUUGUGUUUAACAAAUCAUUUCAUUAGGUUCUAUAAAAUGUCAUUCCUUUGAAAAAGGCAAAGAUUCCCACUUUCAGAAUUU